AUGGCUUACAAAAGCCACAGCAUCGGCAGCACUCUUCGGAUACGCACAGUCUCUCUGGUCCACGGAACCAGACGCCCCAACGCUACCAGCACGAUCCGCUCCAAGAUCGCUGUUAUAUCCUGGUACCACAGGUGUGCACUUGGAUUUGCCGUCCAACUCAACACCGAACACGCAAUUCAACUGCGAGGUAUGGACCGCACCCGCCCAGUCCGUCACGCCAAAGACCCCGUCUCCAUCGCUCUCCUGCAAACCAUACGCGGUCGGCUACACCUCUCCGCAAGCCACGACAAAGAUAUCUAG